AUGUGGUCUUGCAUAACUGACUUCUUCACCUAUGAAACCACAAAGUCAGUGGUAGUCAAGAGCUGGACAAUCGGCAUCAUCAACCGAGCCGUCCAACUCCUCAUCUUCACUUAUUUCAUCGGGUGGGUAUUUGUUUAUGAAAAGGCUUACCAAGUGAGGGACACAGCAAUUGAAUCUUCAGUGAUGACAAAAGUAAAAGGUUUUGGAGUCCACAAUGACAAAGUCAUGGAUGUUGCAGACUAUGUCACUCCAACACAGGGAGCUUCUGUCUUCUGCAUCAUUACCAAAUUGAUCACAACGGAAAACCAAGUCCAAGGCCACUGUCCAGAGAGUGAGGAUAAAUAUAUUUGUACCCAUGACAGCAACUGCACACGGUUUGUUAACAAGCCAGGAAGUUAUGGAAUUCUUACAGGAAGAUGUGUUGCUUUCAAAGCCACUAUCAAGACCUGUGAAAUUAAAGGGUGGUGUCCUGCUGAGAUUGAUACCAUAAAAACCACACCAAUGAUCGAAGUGGAAAAUUUCACGAUUUUCAUCAAAAACAGCAUUCGAUUUCCAACCUUCAAUUACACAAAAGGCAACUUCCUCCCCAACAUCACCGACGAGUACAUCAAUAAAUGUAACUUUGACAUGGUCAACAAUACUUAUUGCCCCAUCUUCAAAGUGGGAGAUGUAGUCCGCUAUGCACAGCAGAACUUCACCAAACUUGCAGACAAGGGGGGUGUGAUAGGAAUAAAGAUUGGCUGGAUGUGUGAUUUGGACAAAUCAGACGACCAGUGCAACCCUUCAUACUCAUUCACUCGACUGGAUGCGAUGUCACAGAAGAACACUGUCUCACCUGGUUACAAUUUCAGAUUUGCCAAAUAUUAUAAGAUGGAAAAUGGGACCGACUACCGUACAUUGGUGAAAGCCUAUGCAAUAAGGUUUGAUGUGCUCGUCAAUGGAAAUGCAGGAAAGUUCAACAUGAUUCCCACACUUAUCAACAUGGUAGCAGCCUUCACUUCAAUUGGUGUGGGUACUGUGCUUUGUGACAUCAUACUGCUGAACUUUCUGAAGGGAGCAGAGCUGUACAAGGCCAAGAAAUUUGAAGAGGUGUCGGACAACUCACUGGAUUCUCAAAACAGCAGGCUUUAUCGCAGCCAGCUGUCACAUCAAAACAAUGAAGCCUUUAUGAAGUCCAGUGAUUUGGGAUCUUAUUCCACUGAAUAUUACAGCUACCAGUGA